AGCAAUUUUAUACUCAAUUUCUAUCUGACAAUAACGAAAAGAAGAUCCGAAUUACAUAGCACAUAUCCAAGUUUUUAAAGAAAUUUUGUUCAAAUACGCCUAAAUCAAACCACAAAAACAAUAAUGUUAUGAAAUCGUUCUGAAAUCGCAAAUAACAGAGGCAUGCAAAACAAGAAUCGAUUAGACUUUAGCUAGAUUUGGUGUACCUAGAACAUCAGACUUGAGCUAGAUUUGAAAGAAAGAAACCUAGAAGAAAUACGAAAAAGAAGAAAAAAUCAACUGAAUAAAGGACAUGCCUUCGAUUUGAGCUCAAAUCCGACAGAUCUAAGGCGGAAAUAGUGCCGGCGUCAGGUUCAGUUUCACGGCGACUUUCAACGGCGGCGACAGAGGGCUUAAUCGGCGAUUGGAAGAGUCAGAUCGUCUUCAAAGAGAGUUAGGUUUGAGAGAGUUCUGUCUUAGGGUUUUCGAGAAAGAGGGAAGAGAAAACGCGUGUUUUGUGCUUAAGUGAUUAAAGAAUUUUGACUAAGUGUUUAGGGAAUUUUGACCAAGUGUUUGGCGGAAUUAGGGAUUUUGGGUUCCCGCUCAUUGAAAUUCUAUCUUAGCGUUUAUGAAAUGCUAUCAUAUAACAACCAUAAUUACAUAACAUCUUCAACAGCAGUUUGGUAAACCGUGCUAUUACGGUAUGCUAUCAAUGUGGACUUUUUUUGUAGUGAUAUUUUCAAAACCCUUAUUUAACCUAAAAUAAGGAACCUUGAAAACCUAAUCGUACCAGGAUAAGGUUACAAGAGCAUAAGUAAAUUUGUUUGCACGAAUAUAAAUCACCUCAUCCUACCAAAGAUACAUAUAGAACCAACAAAUUUUUCUAUAUAAUAAGCCAGAGAUUAAACAACCAAUUCUUAGAGCGUAGAAAGUUCUUUGUAACUUAAUUGGAAGAAUGACGACGACAAUGUCUGAUCUUCCGUUAGCUUUGGUAGAGGAGAUACUCUCUAGGGUUCCAUUAACAUCACUAAGCUCAGUGCGGUCUACUUGUAAAACGUGGAACGAUUUAUCAAAAAAUCAUAUUUUUGGCAAAACAAGGAAGCAGUCUCUAGGGUUCAUGGUGAUGGACUCUAGGGUUUAUUCAAUGAAACUUGAUCUCCAAAGACUCCGCAAUAACGGCGACUUUGUGUAUUCACCUAUAAAGAGAGUUAGUAUACUUACAACUCGAAUAGUUCAAGUAUUUCAUUGGGACGGCUUAUUGUUAUGCGUCAUCAGAGACAACAGGUGGCGGGUGGUGUGGAACCCUUAUUUGGGGGAAACUAGGUUGAUUAAACCCAUAAACAAAUUCCACAGAUACAAAAUAUUGGACAUGUUUGCUUUAGGAUACGAUAACAACAACAAGAACCGUAACCACAAAAUCUUGAGGUUCUUGGAUGUUUUUGAGUACUCAGAUCUUCCUGUCUUUUUUGAAAUCUACAAUUUUAACUCUAAUGCAUGGAGGGUUCUUGAUGUCUAUCCCCACUGUGACAUAAAAAGCGGUGUAUCUUUGAAGGGAAAUACUUACUUUUUUGCUCGAGAAAAAGUAAAAGGUUUGUCAUCAGCUCCAAAUGUUGAAGUUUUUUUACUAUGUUUUGAUUUUACUGCCGAGAGAUUUGGACCGCGCCUUCCUCUGCCGUUGCACUCUUACGUUUGGCUUUCAGAACACGCGACUUUAUCUUGUGUAAGAGAUGAGCACCUCGCUGUCUUAUUUCAACGGUACAAUGCAAUAAUGGAGAUAUAUAUUACAACUAAGAUUGAGCCGAAUGUGGUAUCUUGGAGCAAUUUCUUGAAAGUGGAUCUCACUACUUUUCCAGACAGGUUUUAUGCUGAGAGCUUCUUCAUUGACGAGGAGAAAAAAGUCAUUGUGGUUUUCGAUUCACUCGGUUCUAGAUGGACCCAGACUUCUUUCUACCGAACAACUUACAUCAUUGGAGAAAGUGGAUAUUUCAAAUCUGUGAAAUUUGGAGAAACUCCGGACUGCUGUUCUGGACAAAAUAACCCACUUCUGUUCUCAUCUUAUGUUCCAAGUUUAGUGAAACUACAAAUCAACCAACGGGGCAAAAGGAAAGAAAGAGAUUGAUUAUUAAGUAGUUUCAUUUUGCUACACAUUAUUUGUUUCUUGUAUCAUCUCCUUUUGAUCAAGAUUACUUAAGUGUCAAAUAUUAACUUAUGUUUUGCUAUUUAUCUAAUAUAUAAAGAAGUCAGCUUUUGCAUGUUUUACUUUUACCCUAUUAGAUCUUCGAAUUUUGUACCCAACACAAACGUUCAGGUACCUGCAUUUACGAAUUUUCGCAGUUUGAUGUGUUUGAAUCAUUUGAACAAGAUUGCAAUUGUGUCACAAGUUGUGGCUAAACCAAUUGUUGUGGAAUUUACUUACCGUUCUUAACAAUGAGAAAGAGAAGCAAUCUCCUCUUGGACUAAGCUUCGAUAAUCUAUCGAUGCUUAAAGUCCAACUGAUAAGAAGAGAGUACACAAACCCUAAUUCUUAUCACCAAGAACAGAGCACAUAACGCAGGAUGAUUCUCACAAUGCUACUUUCUCUAUUUUAAGCUGCUAAACAAUGUUUUUGGCGUAAACAGAGCAACCCACAAGAAGAGGAGAAACAAGAACAACAUGAGUGCCUGAGUAUGAAGAUCAGAAGAACUGCUCACUAGCUAUGCGAAGAUUUCUUGCGACCUGCAAAGGAUUCGAAAGAGCCGAGGGUAAUAUCUGUUACAGUUUCAUCGGUCACGAGGGCAAUAGUCUGAAUUGAGAUUAAGAAAGGCCUACCAACUCUUUGACGUGGUAAUGCAUUUCGGUUUGACAAAAAAAACAACAUAAUUGUUGACAUUUUUGUUGAUCGAUUUUUAGACUGAUUUCUUGAAGAUUCGGAGCACGGAUACUUUGAAAAGAGUGGCACUUACACAGCAAAAAAGUAGCGAAAGAAUACAAAUGUAGGAGACAUUUCCAGUUACAUACUUAGCCUAACUUUUCGUUACAUAUUUUGAACUCAAAGAUAAGGUUAGUUUUGUCAUUUGAGUUUUGUCCAGCAA